AGAUGAAUACAGAUGUGCAGAGAGUCAGAGGGAGACGCACAAACUGUAAAACAACCAGUAGCCACUCACACCAGGACCAAAUAACAGAGGCAGCUGUGAUUUAUUGGUGGAUGGGAGCAAACGCUGAGAUUUAAUCGGUGAGUAGAGGAAGGGGAAUAAUCCCAGCCACUGGCAAGAUUACAGGGAGAGGGGAAAAACAGAGGAGUGUGGAGGAGGAAACAAAGGAAGGAGCAGAGACAGAAGAGGAGUGACCUGAGGUGGAGAAAGAAAACCAGAGGACUGAAACAGAGCUGCUGACCUUUGCCCUGCUGAUCAACAAUGUCUGUGCAGCCGCUCACGCUGAUGAUCCUCUGCCUGACGAUCACAGAGGAUGCUUGUAUGUUCCAUAACCACUGGGGCGAGUGGAAUGACUCUCAGCUUCAGCCAACCAUUCAGAAGCUGAUGAAAGGAUACAACCGCUACCUCAGACCUAAUUUUAAUGAGGGUCCUGUCGAAAUUGGAAUGAGCCUCGAUAUCGCCAGUAUCGAUGCCAUCUCCGAAAUCAAUAUGGACUACACUGCGACCAUCUUCUUGCGUCAGCGCUGGCGUGAUUCCAGGCUGGUGUUUCCUGGAAACGAGAGCGUCAGUCUGGACGGACGUCUGGUGUCACUCCUCUGGAUCCCGGACACCUUCAUCCCAGACUCCAAGCGUUCCUUCCUGCAUGACGUCACGGUGGAAAACCGCCUCAUACGCAUCUUCAGCAAUGGGACUGUUCUAUACGCACUUCGCAUCACAGCUACGAUCGCCUGCAACAUGGACCUGACCAAGUAUCCCAUGGACAGACAGGUGUGCACUCUACAGCUGGAGAGCUGGGGCUACAACCUGCAGGACGUGGUGUUCUAUUGGACCAGAGGGAAUGAUUCAGUGAAGGGUCUCAACACGCUGCGUCUGGCUCAGUACAGCAUCGAGACCUACUAUACAUCGGUGUCGGAGGCUGUGUACGAAACAGGACAAUACCCAAAGCUGGUGCUGCAUUUUGCGCUGCGUCGAAACGUGUUGUUCUUCAUCUUGGAGACGUAUGUUCCCUCCAUAUUGCUCGUGGUUCUUUCCUGGGUCUCGUUCUGGAUCAGCCAGUCCUCUGUGCCUGCUAGAACCUGCAUUGGCGUGACUACAGUCUUAACCAUGACCACUCUGAUGAUGGGCGCCCGGACAUCUUUGCCCAACGCCAACUGCUUCAUUAAGGCUAUAGACGUGUACCUGGGCAUCUGCUUCACUUUCAUAUUUGGUGCACUGCUGGAGUAUGCCUUCGCCCACUUUUACACCAUGCAGAACCAGACCAUCGAGGAUUUACACAGAGAUCUUCUGAAGGAGUUCAUCGAGUCCAACGGAAACAGCUCCAUCCCCUUUGUCAGAUCCACCCAACCCAAGCAGUCUGUGGCGAUCAGCUCCACGGCAGAGGAGCCAACGGAGCGCUCGGAGAAUGGCGACGCCAUGAGCGACACUGGACCCAAAGAGAAGGUGUCGGGACAGGGGUGCGGCCUGUCCGCGGUGAAGGAUGCGUCUCGCAGGGCUGCAUCUGCCUUCACUGUGGAAAACCCACACAACAUUGACCGCCACGCCCGCACAGUCUUCCCCACUGCAUUCCUGUUUGUCAAUAUCCUCUAUUGGCUGUACUAUCUCUUUUUCUGAGCGCUGGUUCCAAGCUGCUACAUUUAGUCAAUGUCACCAUUGUGAAGCUGAUCUACCUCCUCAUUCGAGACCCAAUUCCAGUCACCACUGCCUGGAUCACAACUGACCAAGCAACCUUUUUGUACCAUACAUAGAAAACCUGCUUGUCCCACAGAUAGGGCUACAAAUUAAUGAAAAUCAAUGGGCUCGGGCUGAGGAACCAGCUUUAGAUUAUAAAUCAGUAUUGAAAGCAGUUUGGUGUGUGGAUGGAUGGCUACCUAGAGAUAAACAUGUAAAAGUGAGGAUUGCUGACAAAUCCAUAUAACAAAUAAGGAAGUUACCUGGCUGCCUGAACUGCGCCACACUAUACUGUGCUGCAAUGAGUUGCCUUCAUUAAGUGACUGAUGUAGAUGUGUUUUUUGCUUGUUU